AUGAACUAUUAUUUGCAUGACUAUUGGACCCAUGAGUCCGACCCGCGGACCCGACACUAUUGGCUGACCCGUGGAGGGCCGCUACCGGUCCUGACAUUCAUGUCUCUAUGGCUGCUGUUUGUGACCAAAAUAGGGCCCAAACUGAUGGCAAACCGGAAGCCGUUUAGCUUACGAUGGCUUAUGUUUGCCUACAAUAUACUGAUGGCCGCCACUAACGCCUACUUUUUUGUAAUGUGUUUCAAAUUGAUAGACUUUGGACGACUCGUAACAGAUUUCCAGUUCCCGUCCCGCGAGGAUACCAGCCCUCAAACCCUGAGAUACAUCGACGUGGGAAUGGUCUACGGGUACACCAAAUACAUAGACUUAUUGGACACCGUAUUCCUGGUGUUACGCAAAAAGGAGUCUCACCUGACAUUCCUUCACCUCUACCACCACUUCAUGGUCCCAAUAUUCGGAUGGCUUGGCGCUAAAGUGGCGCCUACCUGUCCAUCAAUAGCCAUCUUUGCGCUACACAACACACCCGUCCACACAAUGAUGUACUCGUAUUACGCGUUGUCGGCGUUGGGACCGACUGUCCACCGGUUCUUGUGGUGGAAACGGUAUAUAACUGUCGCUCAGAUCAUACAGUUUGUCCUAUUCUUGUCGUACGCCAUAAUCAGUGCUUUUCUGAAUACAGGCUAUCCAUCGGUUCUCUAUUGGUUCGUUUGGAUUCAAAUUCCGUUGUUUUUAUAUAUGUUUGUAAACUUUUACCGCAAAUCCUAUGUUAAGUCUAAUGGUAUUAAAAAAGUUUUAUAA